UACAACAAAUCAGUAAGCAUAAUUGAGUUCAAAUAUUCUAUCGGUAUUUAAGCAUAAUGAAAUUAUUAAGUACAGUUCUAUCAAUAGUUUUAAUAGCAACUAUAAUUUCAACAUCAAACGCGGCACGAAUAUUAGCAGUAUUUCCAACACCAUCGAUAAGCCAUCAAGUAGCGUUUCGACCGUUAACACAAGAACUAGCAAGAAGAGGCCAUGACGUCACAGUUAUUACCCCAGAUCCUGCCUUUCCCAAAGGUCAGGCUCCAGCCAACUUGACUGAGAUCGACGUCCAUUUCUCUUAUGAAUUAUUCGCAGGAAUCUUUGACAUGCAUCAAGGAAAUAAAGGAGGACUUAUCAAGCAGAUCCAGGAACUUGUUCAAAGUCUAACAAAAAUAUUUGAACAACAGUUGCAGGUACCAGAAUCAAAGAAGUUGUUUGACCAGAAGUUUGAUUUGGUAGUCAUGGAAGCGUAUGUACGACCUGCUUUAGGAUUGGGUCAUGUAUUUAAAGCUCCCGUUAUUCAAAUCAGUUCAUUGGGAACUGGUCCCACGAUUUACAGUUUGUUUGGAGCACCAUCGCAUCCUCUCUUGUAUCCAUCUCCAGCUGCGCAAAGGCUAUACAACCUAAGUCUACUUGAAAAAGCUGAAGAAAUGGCAAAGAAUUUAUUCAUUGAAUAUAUAUUUUCAACCACAGAAGAAUUUGAAUAUCAAAUGAUGAAAAGAACUUUUGGUAACGACGUGCCGAAUUAUGAAGAACUAGAAAAGAAUGUUCAGUUGUUAUUUUUAAAUGAACAUCCGAUUUGGGCGGAUAAUCAUCCUGUGCCACCUAAUAUUGUUUACAUUGGAGGUAUUCAUCAAAGUCCAGAGCGAGAAUUACCUGAGGAAUUUAAAACAAUUUUAGAUUCCUCAAAGAAUGGAGUAAUCUAUAUUAGCUUCGGUACCAACGUAAAAGCUUCUCUAAUUCCACAAGAGAAAAUCGCCGUUAUGACGAAGGUUUUGUCUAAAUUACCCUAUGACGUAUUAUGGAAGUGGGACGGAGAGGAGCUGCCAGGAAAAUCGAGCAAUAUAAAAACAUUUAAAUGGUUCCCUCAAGUUGACCUUCUAAAACACCCGAAAGUCAAGCUAUUCAUAACUCAAGGUGGUAUCCAAUCAGCAGACGAAACUAUAAAUGCUGCAGUACCUGUUAUCGGUAUUCCGAUGAUUGGUGACCAAUGGUACAAUGUCGAGAAAUACGUAAAACAUGGAGUUGGUCUGCAAUUAGAUAUAUCAGAAAUAACUGAGGCAAAUUUCGAGAAUGCCGUGACUAGAGUAAUUGAAGAUAAAAGUUUCAAGAAUAACAUGAUAAAACUCCGUUCGCUCAUGAGGGAGCACCCAGUGCCGCCACUAGAGCUUGCUGUGUGGUGGGUGGAGCAUAUACUGCGACAUGGCGGUCAGCACCUGCGCUCCCCUGCAGCGGGGCUCAUCUGGACACAGUAUUAUGAAGUGCCCUUAGUCCUCACUGUUUUAGGCGUGUGUUUUAGUGUCCUUGUAGUUACAGUUUUACUGGUAUUGUCUUUGAUACGGUUAGUGACGAAGUAUGUUUGGGGCAAAAGUGAUAUACAUAAUAAGCAAAAAAUUAAUUAGGUAACUUAUGUUAGUGAAAUACAAUAUUUUUGGAA